AUGACUGCCCGGGUGCCUUCUGAUGCGCUGGGUCGAAGAAUCUUGUGCGGCACGGAGUAUGCAACUGUGCGCUACGUUGGCAGUGUUCCUCCUACAGCAGGAAUUUGGCUUGGCGUGGAAUGGGACGAUCCUCAGAGAGGAAAGCAUGAUGGUACCUAUGAAGGAACACAGUAUUUUAAGUGCAGGCAUCCUAGAGGAGGAUCGUUUAUCCGGCCAAACAAGGCAAAUUUUGGAGUAGAUUUUCUUACUGCAGUAAAGGAUCGGUACGGAUUGAAUGAUGAGCAAGAUGUUCAACAUGGGACAGAGCAUACAUUAGUAUUUGGAAAGAAGACUGUGGAAUUUGUUGGCAUGGAUUCUAUUGCAGAACAGCAAAGCCAACUGAACCAACUGGUAGAUAUCUCAGUGCGUGAGUGUGCAGUGAGCCAUGCUGGUCGGAAAGAGGAAAUCAGCAGAACAUGUGCUAAUAUCAGGCAUAUAAAUCUAUCAAAAAAUCUGAUAUCGUCUUGGGAGACAGUAACAGCUAUUGCUUCUCAAGUUCAAAAUCUGGAAACACUUAAUAUCAGUGAAAACAAAAUGAAAUUUCCAUCUACAUCAACUUCUGUAUCUGGUGUAUUUUCAAAAUUGAGGAUUCUGGCACUUAAUCAAACUGAGAUAACAUGGACAGAGGUUCUUCUUUGUGCUUCAGGAUGGCCAGCACUUGAAGAAUUGUACCUUACUUCUAAUAAUAUUACAGUUUUGGAAAGGCCUGAUAACGUCCUGCAGACCCUGAAGCUGUUAGACCUUUCAGAGAACCAGUUACUGGAUGGAAAUCAGCUGCAUCUAAUAGCACAUCUUCCCAGAUUAGAACAGCUAAUACUUAGAAACACUGGAAUAUCUUCUAUACACUUUCCUGAUGCCGGACUUGGAUGCAAGACUAAAAUGUUUCCUUCACUAAAACGCCUUGCAAUAAACGACAAUAAAAUAUCACAGUGGUCAUCUAUCAAUGAGCUUGAUAAACUGCCAUGUUUGCGGUCACUGCAGUGUCACAAUAACCCUUUCAUGGACACAGAGAAGAACACAGAGACCCUGAGACAGCUAAUUAUUGCCAAGAUAAGUCAACUGGAGGUUUUGAACAAGUCUGAGGUACUUGUGUAAUCUGCUGAAAGAAAAGGAGCAGAGCUCGAUUAUCGCAAAAUAUUUGGAAAUGACUGGUUAGCAGCUGGUGGGAAUUGGAACCCGGAGAAAAACAAACCCAGUGAAGAAUUUCUUGCUGCCCAUCCCAGAUACCCAUCGCUUUGUCUUAAAUACGGCACACCUGAAGAAGGAGAGCUGAAGGGACGACAGCCUUUGACUCUCAAAAAUCAGCUUCUGACUUUGACAAUUAAAUGUCCUGAGAAACCUGAACAGAAGCCAGUAGAGAAAAAGCUACCAGAGUCUAUGACUAUUCAGAGGGUCAAAGGAUUGCUGUAUCGCCUACUUAAAAUUCCUGGUUCAGAACUGAAACUGUCCUACGAAAGUUCUAAGCUGGAAGGGAAAGAAGUGGAACUAGACAAUGACUUAAAGCCUUUGCAGUUUUACUCAAUAGAAAACGGAGACUGUGUGUUAGUACGGUGGUAA